AUGGCCGGAGUGACUCCAACAAUCGACCUGAGCAAAGCGCCCGAAUGCUACGCCCCGUACAGCUUCGCCCUGUCGGACAAGUACAAAAUUAUGGCCCAGGAUGAGCUGCGCGAGGACGACGACAUUCGGGAGAGCGCCCUGAAGCAGUUCCGCGAGUGGAUCGCCAAACAUCCGCUCAUCCGGAAGUGCCGGACCGAUGCGCCGUUCCUGUUGCGCUUUCUGCGCACGAAAAAGUUCUCCAUCCCGGCGGCGACGGAGAUGUUCGAGAAGUACCUGACGAUCCGGCAGGUCUAUCCGCACUGGUUCUUCCAGCUGGACAUCAACGAUCCGGACCUGGAGGCCAUCAUCGACAGUGGCUACCUGUUCCCGUUGCCGGAGCGCGACGAGCAGGGUCGGAAGAUUAUCUUCUCCAACGCCGGCAAGUUCGACACGAGCCGGUUCACGUCGGCCCAGCUCAUCAAGAUCCACUCGAUGGUGCUGGAGGCGCUGCAGGACGAGGAGGAGUCACAGAUUGCCGGCUACAUCCACGUGACGGACGACUCGGAGCUGAACAUUGGCUUCCUCGGGAUCUGGUCGUUCACGGACAUCCGCAACCUGGCGCACUGCGUCCAGAACUCGCUGCCGAUGCGCCAGAAGGAAAACCACUUCGUGAGCCUGCCAUCGUUCGCGAACAAACUGUCCGAGUUUAUCCUGUCCGUGUUGAGCGAGAAGCUGCAGAAGCGGGUCUUCGUGCACCGCGGGUGGGACGAGGCGAAGACCAAGAUCGACCCGAAGUUGCUGCCGAAGGAGUACGGCGGCACCGUCCCGAUGGCGGAUUGCAUUGCCCAGUUCAAGAAGCAGCUGAAGGAGCGCAGGGACAUGGUGCUGGCGCUGGACGAAAUGGAGAUCGAGGUGAACAAGAACUCGAUCCCGUGGGCCGAUAGUUCGGAUGCGGAUAUAGCGGCCGGUGUUAUCGGCAGCUUCCGGAAGCUGGAGGUCGACUGAGUGAAGCUUCCCUUUGCUAGGAUUCCAGUGUUGUUUCUCUCUCUCUCUCUCUCCCAUACACAUAGACAGUUCUUGGACAUUUCGUAGGAUAGAGUAGUAAAUGUUUGUUGUACUUGUUAGGGUCACGUUACGAUAAGUAAAGCCGAGCCGCGAGUGCUCGACACUCGCCACGCCGGGAAAGGUGGAAUACAGUUACCAAAACAGACGACUGUUUGUGCUUGGCGAACAUGCCUCCGGUGGGCAGUUCUCCAAUGACGGACCGGUCGCGUUAUCACUUAAUCGCCUCUGAUAGCAGCCGAUGCUGGCAGGCGCCCCUUUCGUCCUCCUACUCUGUCCGCCUGAUGCAGAUGGUUAGUUAAGACACUACUACACACUAUGAUAAACACUAAUCGCGCUGUGAUCGAUGAUUGACGGCCG